CGAACGGAGUAUAAAUAAAUAAUCCAAGUUGUCUUUAUCCUCGAUAGAUGGCGUUGGGAUCGAAAUAGAUCGCGCUAUGGUUUCGUUACAUUCGGGUCGAUUUCAAAUUUGGGGCCAAAAGCAUAUAUUUUCAUUUAUUUCUCAUGGUGUAGAAUGUAUCGUAACUAAAAUUAUUUUAAAUCAUGUAGUCUUAUGAGACGCCCAAACGCCAGUUACAACGAAUCUUUUAUGAUUGUAAAUUAAAAAGAUAGAUCUAAAAGUAGUACCUAUUUCUCAUUUGUGUUAAUGCUCCAAAACCUUAUUUUUUUCUUCAUGUCUUUAUAAAACGAAAACGCGUCGAGGAAAAUCAAAUUUUAUCGUGGCACUGUUUUGUAUAUACUUUAAAGAUGAAUUAUUAGGUAUUAAAACCAAUGCUGGAUUAAAAAAAAAUAGGUUUUAUUAGCUUUCUAAAACUGUUUGUUUUUAAAGUAUCAUUUGUGUGACCGUAUCCAAAUGCACCAGUAAACAGAAUUUAUCCCUGCUUCACCCUGCCCUUUACCCCGCGCGCAUCCCGUUUGUUCAGUCGUGACCGAACACGCGUGGUCGUCAGUUGUGUGUGUCGUUAUUUUAAGAGAAAUUUCAAAUAUCAGGUAAGAUUUUGACUUUUGUAUAAAAAUUAUAUCAUUAGUGUUUUGUCACAUAUCGUGCUUAAUCAAAUGUGUUUUUUGUUUUUGAUUUGACUGCCUAACAAACCAUUGAAAGCAUAUUUCGUUUCUAAUGUACGGUAUAUUCUAGAACGUUCCAUUUACGAAAUAAAUUCGAAUUACUACCAAAAAUCUCAUUCGUGUCACUCUCAUUUGUGUCGAUUCACGAGUCACACGAAUUAUAUGGAAAGUCACACUAAUGAUACUUUUUUUUUACUUUUAGAUUAAGUAUUAUAUAAAAUGGCGAAACCAAAAAAACAAAAAAGUGAGGAAGAAUUAGAGAGACGUAGAAUAGCUAGAAGACAAAAAUAUCAAAUUAUUAAAAACAAUCCUGAGUUAUACGCUGCUGAGCAAGAAAAAAAAGACAAUAUUACUUAAAAGCGAAGGAAAAGAAAAAAAUUAAAAGUAUUAACGAAAUGAGUCCACGCGAGCAAAGAAUUCAAAGACGAAAAUGGAAAGAGAGUGCCAAAAAGUUUUAUAGAAAGAAAGUAAGUCAAAGAGUGAUAGAAAACGUUGCAGUUACUGAAGAAAGUUGUGAUACAGAAAAUGUUAAUUUGAAUACAGAUCCCUUAAACAUAGAAAAAAAAGAAAUAACAUCGAAACUAAGUACGCGUGAAUUAAAACUAAUUAAAAGAAUCAAAACAAUGAAACUGCAGCACGAAAAAGAGAAACGAAAUUAUAUAUUAUUAUUAAACAGAUACAGGUUCAGGAUAAAUUAUUUAAAAAGGAAAAUAUAUACACUAACAAGUGAACAAAGUAUUGACUCAGAAAAUACAAAAAAUGAAGACAAGAAACAAUUAUUUGAUAGACUUAUAAGUGCUCAAAUCACCCGGAAAUUUACAUCAACUAAAAACAGGAAAGAGAAACGCGUUAUCACUAACUUAAUCGAUAAAAAGGAGUUUAAAAAAUUUAAGGUUGCUACUGACCUUCGCAAAGUUCAUCUCCGAGAACGAUUUAAAAAAAAUGCACGAAAUACCAUCAACGUUCAGCAAAUAGUAGAAAAGUUUUACGAAGACGACAUUAACAGUCGCAUUACUCCAGGUAAGAAACAAUAUAAGAAGAAACAUGGAACCGUUAAACAAGUUAGAUAUCUUUUAGAUUCUAUGAAAAACUUACACAAGAAAUUUUUGGCUGAAAAUACUAAGAUUAAAAUUAGUUACACGACUUUUACAAGACUCAGACCAUUUUGGGUCUGUCUUCCAAUUGACGACCGUGAUACGUGUGCCUGCUUGUUGCACACAAAUUUUAACUUAUUGAUAGCCGCUCUUAACAAGAAUAAUAUUCUUCAUGUAAAAGAUAGUCAGAAUUUGAUAAAGGAAAUCUGUUGUGAUAAAUAUAGCCUAGAUUGUCUUAAUCGCAAAUGCGCUUCAUGUAAAAAUAAAACUGUACCAUAUGAAGAAUUCCAAAAUGAUAAAGAAAUACAGUACAUGGUAUGGGAAAAAGAUACAAAGAAAGUAGAUACUAAAGAAAUAAAGAUAAUCAAGAAGAAAGCAAAGAGAUCUGAUCCACGUAACCUGAUAAUUGAACUGGAAAAUAUGCUGCCAAAAUUUUUAUCACACACAAGUAAUAUUGUCAACCAGUACGCUACUAUUAAAUGUUUGAAAGAAGCUCUAACUACUAAUGAAGCCUUAAUCCAUAUGGAUUUCUCUGAAAACUAUUCUUAUAAAUAUGCGGAGGAAGUACAAAGCAUGCACUUUGGUGGCAGCCGAGGUCAAGUAUCACUUCAUACAGCGGUGGUUUAUUUAAAAAGUGAUUCCAAUGCUACUCAAGCAUACUCUAUUUGCACAGCCAGUGAAUGCACCCGUCAUGAUGCAGCAGCAGUGUGGGCUCAUCUGAAUUAUUUAAUUAAAUUUGUGUUUAACAAAUCAUCACAAAUUAAUCGCAUUCACAUUUUAACAGAUAGUCCCUCUAGCCAGUAUAGAAAUAAAUAUAUAUUUUAUAUUUUAACCCAAUUAAGGAAUGACUUCCCAGAGUUAAAUCUUGUCACAUGGAAUUACCAAGAAGCUGGGCACGGCAAGGGUGCUCCUGAUGGCAUUGGAGCAGUGGUCAAAAGGACUGCGGAUUAUGAAUUAAGGUGUCAUCAGGAUGUCGGAGACUUUGAUGCCUUUGUUAACAUAAUUCGAAGAAAUAUAAAAAACGUAGAAAUGGGUAUUAUUAAGGAGCACGAAAUUAAAUUAAAGGAAUUAAUGUUGCCUAAAGAUAUUGCUACUUUCAAGGGGACUAUGACAGUUCAUCAGGUCGUUUGGACUUCCGGUUCUGCUUAUCUAGAAUUUAGAAAACAGAGCUGUUUCGAAUGUUUAAAUGUCGCUUGUAAACAUGGCAAACAUAUGAGAUUUUUUAAAAUAUAUAAUACUCCCAUUGAAUCUACAAUGCAAAAUGUAAAGGUCAUCCCGGAAAACAAAAUAAUUAAGGUACUUAGUGAUGUUACCAUUCGCUAUGCCAAUAUUACCGAUCCAAUGUUACAUGACAGCGUGCCAUCAACUUCAAGUCUCCGCAGUGUUCGACACUCCUGGACCAACAAAUCAUUUAUAAAUAAUCAAUCAAAAGCGACGGGGCACGAAAAAGAAUUCCUUGAAUUUAUAAAGAAAUGUGAAGAUGAUGAUGAUGAUGAUUAUCAGAUUGAUUAAUUAAGUACCUAUGUAGGUAUUAAUAAUAUGGAUAUUGUUAUUGUAUUGAACAACGAUUAGCGUUAACGAAUCUUGAAGACUGAAAUCGGAAAUGUAUACCAAUGAUUAGCUUAGUUGAUUAAGUUAUUGUUUUGGAAUUAAGUUUAAAAUAAUUAAUUUCUGUACUACGGUCAGGUCAGGCCAGCACAUCAACCUACCCCAAUCUGUCAAAGUUUGGAAUGGAACUUGACACUUUGUACACUGUUGCAGUAAAAUUAAAAUCUUUUAAAGAAAUUUGACAGUAGAUGAGGGUAGGUUGAUGCGCUGGCCACUGCACCUGCUACUAACAAUGUUAAUGAUAAAUAUUUUAUGUUUUGUUGAUUAUUUAGUAACGUAGAAAAAUAAAAAAAAUAUACUUUCAUUAGUGUAACCAGAGAUCUCAUUAGUAAAUCACAAAAUAUCAUUAGAGAAAUUAUGUUGCUCAUUCGUGUCACUCAAAAAUUGGUAAUUUGCUUGUUAUUGGAAGAAAUUAAAGGUUUAUUUGAUUA